AGUUUGAUACCCCUCUGGCUGAAAUUGUCUGAAAUUGUCUGAAAUUGUCUUCUUAUUCUAGCAACUUCCCCAGAAAGAGAAGUGGUUCCCUUGAUUUCCACUUCUGUACAUGCAAAUGUACAAACUUAUCUUGGACUUGGGAAACCUUUAUAUCAAGGACUUGAGGAUAGUGAAUAGAUUGUUCCACAGAGAGAACUGCAGCUCUCUGAUAUGAACAGGCAGGGUAAGAGCCAGUGUCUGGAAGCUGACAUUCAGGAAACUGACCACAAAUGCUAAAGGGUGAGAGUGGCUUUGUUAUUAGCAAAAGUCUCCAGAAUACCAAAGCAUUCUUCAUCCUUGAGGAAACAUCCUUGGAGAAUAUCAGCAUUAUUGGCACAGAUUGGGAGCCUUUUUGAAGGAUGUCAUCCUAAUCACUCUUUCUGAGGAAGUCUGACCUAUGCCACAUGUGGUGUAAAACUCAGUGAGAGGGCGCUGCCUCUGCUUUCUGGGCUGCGCAAAUUCCCUAUGCAGCUCCAAAGUGUUUGCUCCUGUUUGGAUGUAAAGCUGUGCAAACACAUCCACUGAUCUCCUUUGAAUGCUUCAGCAAGUCAGCACAUCUCUGGCCUAUCAGCACAGCCCUCCUCACCACUCUCAUCCUGUUUUUGGAGCAUGUGUUUUGAGUUAUGGAUAGGAGCCUCUCCACCUCGGUAGGGCUGUUUACAUCCCUUGGGUACAACUGUAUCCCAGCUUCGGGAAAUGGGUACCAAACAACAACAGAAAAAAACCCAAACAGCCCAAGCCCCCCUGAAGCAAAUAGAAGCAGUGCUGAGCAGGAAGCCUUCAGUGAGUGUAAAUGUGAGUGCAGGAAAAUGUUUGAAUUAUUUCCCUUUUACUGAACUAUGCACCCACUUGUAACUGCAGUUGAGUAAAAUAAAACACUGUUACCAUAAGAGCAGCAGUUCAGUAAAAGGAACUAUCAACAAGUUAAUUCAGCAUCAGUAGAGGAAGAGUUUCCAACAUUUACGGCUGCUGCCACAGAGGAUUAGAAAAUAAUCCAAAAAGGAACAGCCUAUGAAUCCUUGUGUCUUUAAUUUGGAUCCAGUUUCAACAAUCUGGAGGUGAAUGUUCCUACAUACCAGUUACAUGCACGCGGAAAAUCAAAAGUAUUCUUAACGAAAAUCAUGGCUAGAAACAUUAUUUCUCUGGGAGGAAUAACUACUGAGGAGAAACGUGAGAACUCUUUCAGGGCUUCAGAAAACCCAGUUAUAUGCACUUCGUUUGCGCAGCGUUGGGGAAUUUCUCCUCACAGCUUUUCCCGCUGCUUUUCGCGAUCAGGGUGGAAGCCCUGCAGCACCUGCGGCAAUUAGCUGCGAUGUUUCUGCCAUGAGCCCCGCCUCCCGCCCGCCUCCCCCGGCCCCCCCGGGAAUAAGAGCGGCCGCUGCACGGGCCGCCCCAGAGCGAUGGGCUUCGCCAUGGGAGCCGGGCGAGCGGCGGGGCUGCUGCUGCUGGCUGUGCUGCUGACGAUGCCUAAAGCCCAAGCGAACUGUGGGCAGAGAGAGUACUUCCAUCAAGGCCUCUGCUGCGUGUUUUGUGAAGCAGGUACCUUUGUUGCUGAUCACUGCAAUGCUUCGCAUGUGAGAGGAAAAUGUGACCCUUGCAAGGAAGGAAAAGGCUUUACUGCCCAUGCCAACGGCUUGGAGGAAUGCUUGCCUUGCAGACAGUGCAGAGAGGAUCAGGAAACUGUGAAACCCUGUACUCUGACACAGAAUGCUGAAUGCCGGUGCAAACAAGGGUAUUUCUGUGAUGAUGAGAGCUGUGAAAUGUGUCGGAGAAUCAGUCAAGAGCAUCCAGACGGGAAAGAAAUCCAGCCGAAUUCCACUGAUACUACAGAACUAGGCUUAACCAAUCAAGGGAAGGAAGCUCAUGUUUGGGUUAUUCCGGUGCUUCUGCUGUCUGGUUUGGGUUUGUUAGUACUACUUGUUGUUGUUGUUGUUAAAAAGCUGAAGUGUGCUAAAGCUGCCUCAACUGUUAAAGAUGUAGAGGGACGUCUGGUACAAGAGCCAAGUCAGAUAAUUCUUAAAGAUCUCUCUCAAAGUGAACUGAGAGAGACCUUUGAUGUCUUUAUAAAGGAAGUACCACCACAACAGUGGAAGCGGCUUAUGAGAACUCUUCUCGAGGAAAAUGAUAUUGAUAAAAUUAUUUCUAAAUUUCCUAAUAAUAGAGAAGAACAAUCAUAUCAGAUGCUUCUCAUCUGGAAAAACAGACUGGGAAAGAAGCGAUGUAUUAUUGAUUUACUGGAUGCAUUGAGGCACAUAGAUACCAAGGCUUAUUAUAGCAUAUCAAAAACUUUAAAAAGUAAUAACAUUAUUAGUAAAGUAGAAGCUGACGAUUAAUGUUUAUGAGGAACUGCAGAAAUGUUCUUGUGUACAUGCGUGUGUCUUCGGACUUCCUGUAAAUCAAGGUGCCAGAAACUGCUGGUAGAAAUGGAGUUGUUAGCCUCCUCACCUCAUGGAGAGAGCUGGAAGGGAUGUAAUACCUUUGUUGUUUUCAUGUUUACAUGACCUUCCUACCUCUUAGUCAUAAACGAUUAAACACAGGUGCUGGAUGCCCACUUCGGAGGCAGGACCUCGGGCAUCCCUUAGUUUGUGGCAGUGCUGUGCCAACCUGGGGGGCGGGACGAACAAUCCGCUGCUGGUUUUGAGUACUGUGAUGCUUUAGUUUCCGAAACGAUUUUGUAUCGGACAGCUCAGCACCGCUAUGUUUGAAGCACAGCAAUAAAACCCUGGCUCAGACGG